AUGUCAUUGCUUUCCGUGAGCCCGGUCGAUUGCUGUAUCCGAAUUCUAUUUCUCGACGACGAUAAGAACUUGAAAGGUACUGUAGAUGUAGGGUGUGUUUACGUAACGUUGUGAUGGUGUUGAGAUGUCCCGCGGCUUCCUCUGUGAUCGCUGUUGUCGCUUCCAAGCCCUCCCCCCUCUCCAGAAUUCCCAUCUAAAUGCUUUUGAUAGACUGUAAAUUACGGAAUUGCUGCGGGUUGCGUAUGAAAAACAAUGUGGGGGCAAAGGUGGAGGGAGCGGGUCCACUAACCGAAAGGCCCGGCUGAUUUCCGGGUAACCGCGCCGCUCUCGGUCUGGCUCGCAACUCUCGCCGCUUCGGGGGAGUGGCAACAAACGAGUUUUUUGGCGAGGAGCAGACGUUUUUUCCAUUUUUGAUUGCUCGUCGAAAGGUUUCGGGAAAAACAAAAACAUACCCAAAAUAGAGGGUACCUGACCCCGUCUGUUCUAGCCGCCGAUUACGGUCAAUCUUUGCUUAUCAGCCGUCUAACACACACUCAACUCUUACUUUCAGAAGAACCUGUCUACGCCCAUCGUCAAGUGUUGGCCAAGUCUCCCUAUCUGUUCGCUCUCCUCCAACAGUCGUCUCUUCUCAGCCCCUCUAACUUCUCCCUGGACUUAUCACUCAUCGAACGACCGGUCGAUUCUUUCAAAACGAUCCUUGCUUAUCUUUAUACGGGACAACUCGCGGAUUGUGGAGUCAGUCAACAGUCGGUAAGUCGCUUUCCCUGAAUCAUUGGCGUUUUGAAACGAUUGAUCAGAACAAAAGAAGAAAAGAAUCUUAUCAGUAAUUUCCUCCAGCUGACAAACCACAUUGUUUUUUCCGGAAACAAAAAAAUUAAUUAUUGUUCAUGUUAUUCAUCUGUCGUUUUAGCUGCAUUUUCUGGCCAGACUUCUUCAACUACCGGGACUUCAGCGCCAUUUUUCUUUUAAGGAGAUGAGUGACUGUCCAUCCAAGCCGGAGCCCCAAGACUCGGCUGAUACUCCCGAUCUUAAUCCUCUUCAGUUGCCAACUUUACAUCCGGCCUUGUGCGCCGGUAAGUACGAUCUAUUUGUGAAAUUGGGAUGAAAUCUUGUUUCAUUGUUAAUUCCAUUUUACUAAGUAUUCCCAUUUCAGCGUACUUGAGUCUGUUACAAAACCAACAGAACGCCCAAUUACUGCAGGGAUUCCUUCAACAAGCCCAAGCCAAUAUGCAAUUACUGGCCAGUCAGGCACACCCUAGAUCCUCAAUCUUCCCACCGACCCCCAAACCCGUGACCCCGCUAACGGAAAUGCGAAUUUCCGAGUCCGAACAGUAAGUGAUAACGAUGGAAGAGCACAAAACCCUUCUUGGAAUCAAAAAAUGUAGAGAAAUCGAGGGUUACAGCGUCGUCUCUUGUUUUCGUACAAAAGUCCUUGUUCUAUUUCUUGGGCUGGGAAGACGCGAGAGGCCGGGGGAUACCCCCUUUUUGUUUACUGCUUAAAAGGACAGUGAAGAAAUAUCAAGCUCGUCUAGGAAUUCGAAAGUACCCGGAAUCUGGUCAUGUGUUCUCGGGUUACGGUAUUCAAAUUGUGGGAGGUCUGAUUGAUUAAUAAACAUUACAAAAGGCCGACGGGGGCACAACUUGGGCCGACUCUCCGACCACUUUAACUUUGUUUUAAGGCCUCGAAUCAGCUUAGUUAUAAUGGACUUUGGAUUUGGCCAAAGCCGAUUUCUCUAUUUUACAACCCUCAAAAUAUUUAAAUUCGAUGUUUAUUCCUCCUCUCUUCAUAUUAUUUGGGGGCGAGUGAAAUAUCAGCGAAAAAACACAAAGCGGCCUUAAGUCGGAUUUGGGGUGAGGGUGGAGGAUUUGUAAUUUUCUGGGUUUCUUGUUAAGAGGAAGUCCCCCAAACAUUUCACAACUACUCUAAAUCUAGUUGAGCAUUAAUUUAAGUACAUCGCUACUAUAGUGAUUAAAUAUUCGCAUUAGAAGAAGGUAGAAGCACAGACAAUCUCUGCUUAUUACUCAUCCCUCAGUCAUCGGGAUUACUGUAGAUCAUACUUUCCGGAAACGAUCGCUGGGAAUCUGGAAUUGAAAGCAGAUCCGAUGAUGACGCAAGGUCAGAUUCGAAAAAAAGCUCUGCUGGAUUACAAAUAAGCAAAAAUAGCAUCGAUGUGCGUAGACGAUGGCGCGCAACUGAAUUUAACCCCACAGACAUAUGAAUUCUCACACCACAUUUAUUUUUAGAUCCGAGGCCCCGAGUGUGGCGUCAAGUUGUUCGACUGGAUCCAAUAAUCCCCCUUCAGUGCCAUCAUCCUCUCCCACUGAUAACCUCAAUGACAUUUUGGUUCCUUCCAAUGAGAAAGAGGGAUGGUGUCGAAACAAAAAAUACAUCCAGACUGUCCAGAAGGGAUACCGAUGCACGGUCUGCAACAAGGUUUACGGAAGAUACAACUCGGUCUCCUAUCAUGUCACCAUUUAUCAUCGGAAUCCUCCAAUAAAGUGUGAGGAACAGGGCUGCCAGUUCACUACCAGAGAAGCCCGAUACAUCCAUUUCCACAAAUAUUACCGCCAUGGAGUCCCCCUUCCAGAAAGCAUUGAUCUUGGUAAGUUUAAUCAUAUCAUUGGUCUUCCUGGAUCAUCCAUUUCUUGUGCUUUUUUGAUCUUACCAUAUGCUUUCAGCUUCUCGAAAAUGUCCCUUCUUUUCGUGUAAACACGUUAGCAAGAGUCCGGCCAUGCUGGAUAAACAUAUCAACAGACAUGUGGCUGACUGUACCAAGGAUGGGCACAGUUACAAUUGCCCCAAAUGUAACUACUCGACCACUGAACAGAGAGAAAUGUUCUCCCAUUUGAGAGCCCAUCAAUUAGGGACGGAGAUUCCAGAAAUGGGAGGCCCAAUCAAAGGAGUCAAGUUGGAAUGUGAUCAAUGUAACUUCAAGUAAGUGUAACCUGAUCAGAGAUCAUAUUCCAUUCUUUGUAGGGCUACUACUGAAUCCGGAUUGGAAAAGCAUAAGAGUUCAAAGCAUGGCCAAUCAGAGAUGUCCUCCCCUCUCCAAUUCAAUGGAAUCGAUCUGGCCACGGCUCUGAAAUCCCUGCCUGCGUUCCAGAAUAACUUUUUAAGUCAUUUUAACCGUUAA